AUGAGUGUGAAGGAAGCUGUCGAAAAAGUGGGAGAAAAGGUUAAAAACCUGGCUGUUAACAACAAGGAAGAACAGCCAAAGAAGAAGGGCAAUGCCAAUCAAAAACAGUCACCAUUGUAUCUAAGUCCUGAGCCGGAGUUUAUUGAGGAAAGAGACGCGUUGUUCAACAAACUGCAGGAAGAAUAUGCUCAAAAAGUUGCAGAACAACCUCGUGCUGCUUUGAAAGUGAUCUUGAAAGAUGGGUCCGAAAAGGAAGCCAUUGCAUGGGAAACUAGUCCAAUGCACAUUGCAAAGCAAAUUGCCAAGUCGUUCCCCGACAAGCAGGUCAUUUCGAAAGUCAAUGGCACUCUUUGGGAUCUGGAAAGACCAUUAGAAGGUAAAGAAGGAGACGAAAUCAAACUGGAAUUUUUCGAUUUCGAGUCCGAAGAAGGUAAAAAGGUAUUCUGGCACUCUUCAGCCCACGUUUUGGGUGAGGCUUGUGAGUGCAACUUGGGAGCCCACAUCGUUUUGGGUCCUCCAACCGACGAUGGGUUCUUUUACGAAUUCGCCGUCAAAAACGGCCCAGACGCCCCAGCGGACGCCCCAGAGAGAACAGUGUCUCAAGCUGAUUUCCCCACCUUAGAAGGUGUGGCCAAAAAUGUUAUCAAGGAGAAACAAAAGUUCGAAAGACUGGUCGUGUCUAAGGAAGACUUGUUGAAAAUGUUCCAUUACUCGAAGUACAAGAAAUAUUUGAUCUCGACCAAGAUCCCAGAUGGUACAUCCACCACCGUGUACCGUUGUGGUAAGCUGAUCGAUUUGUGUGUCGGUCCUCAUAUUCCACACACUGGUCGUAUCAAGUCAUUCAAGCUAUUGAAAAACUCUUCUUGUUACUUCCUAGGUGACGCUACCAACGACUCCUUGCAAAGAGUUUACGGUAUUGCUUUCCCGGACAAGAAGCUCAUGGAUGCUCACCUCAAGUUCUUGGCAGAGGCCUCCAUGCGUGACCACAGACGAAUUGGUAGGGAACAAGAGCUUUUCUACUUCAAUGAAAUGUCUCCAGGUUCUUGUUUCUGGCUCCCACACGGCACAAGAAUUUACAACAACUUGGUUGAAAUGUUGAGAGUCGAAUACCGCAAGAGAGGAUACGACGAGGUUAUCACUCCAAACAUGUAUAACUCCAAGUUGUGGGAAACUUCCGGUCACUGGAAUAACUACAAAGAAAACAUGUUCACUUUUGAGGUUGAAAAGGAAAGCUUUGGUUUGAAGCCUAUGAACUGUCCUGGCCAUUGUAUUCUGUUCAAGUCUAGGGAAAGAUCGUACAGAGAGUUGCCAUGGAGAGUUGCCGAUUUCGGUGUCAUUCACAGAAAUGAAUUUUCCGGAGCCCUUUCUGGUUUGACUCGUGUCAGAAGAUUCCAACAGGAUGAUGCUCACAUCUUCUGUGCCCAAAGCCAAAUUGAGCAAGAAAUUGAAAACAUUUUCGAUUUCCUAAAAUACGCAUACGGAAUCUUCGGUUUUGAGUUCAAGAUGGAACUGUCUACUCGUCCUGAGAAGUAUCUGGGUGAUUUGGAAACUUGGAACAACGCAGAGUCUAAACUAGAGGCCGCCUUGAAGAAAUGGGGAGGAGAUUGGGAAUUGAACCCAGGCGAUGGUGCAUUUUACGGUCCUAAGAUCGAUAUCAUGAUCUCUGACGCUUUGCGCAGAUGGCAUCAGUGUGCUACCGUCCAGCUCGAUUUCCAGCUGCCCAACAGAUUUGAGCUGGAAUACAAAUCGCAAGAGGGCGAUGGGUAUGACAGACCAGUAAUGAUUCACCGUGCUGUCCUAGGUUCUGUGGAAAGAAUGACUGCAAUCUUGACCGAGCAUUUUGCAGGAAAAUGGCCUUUCUGGCUCUCGCCUCGUCAAGUUCUUGUUGUGCCUGUUGGUGUCAAAUACCAGGAGUACGCCCAAGAAGUGCGCGACAAAUUGGCCGCUGAAGACAUUUAUGCUGACGUGGACUUGACUGGUAACACUUUGCAAAAGAAGGUCAGAAAUGGUCAAAUGUUAAAAUACAAUUUCAUCUUUAUUGUUGGUGAGCAAGAGAUGACCGAAAACUCUGUCAAUAUCAGAAACAGAGAUGUCAAAGAUCUCCAGGGUAAGAACCCAACCAUUGAGCUAGAUGUUGUUAUCAAGCAGUUGAAGAACUUGAAACAGAGCAAGAGCCUAGAAAAUGUCUUGGGCGACGAGUAA